AUGUCGGUGGAUUUAGGUGCUGCAAUUUAUAUUGCAAUUAAACCUAUUUUAAAAAUUUAUUGCAUUAUUUUUGUAGGUUAUUUACUUGCAAGAUUUAAAAUCGUAACGACAGAAAUCGCUAGAGGUAUUUCAAAUAUGGUUGUCAAUGCUAUAUUACCAUGUUUAACUUUUAAUAAAAUAGUCAGUAAUAUCUCUUGGAGAGAUAUUAAAGAAAUUGGUGUUAUAUUAUUAUCCGCAGUCAUUCUAUUCUCUGUAGGAACUGUUUGCUCCCUUAUAACAAAUUUUGCUACAAAAGCUCCAAAGCAAUGGUUUUGGGGUUUAAUAUUUGCAGGUCUAUUCCCAAAUAUUUCAGACUUACCUAUUGCUUAUGUGCAAAGUAUGGGUAAUGGUACUAUUUUUACUGCUGCUGAAGCCGAUAAAGGUGUUGCAUAUUCCUGUAUUUUUUUAACUGCUCAAAGUUUCUUACUGAUGAAUUUUGGUUUAUGGAGACUGGUUGGCCUGGAUUUCAAGAAUGCCAAGAAAAAUGACACCGAAUCAACUGUAGAAGAUUCUAGUACAAGUUCAGAAGCUGAACAUAAAUUUGUACCUUCAACCCAAGUUCCAAUACAGUCCAAAUCAAAAAAUAAUGAUUAUUUAGGGGAAAACCACAUGGAACAUACUUAUGAGGAAAUGCAAUCAAUACGAUCAUUACCAAAUACUGAAAGCUUAACGAGAAGCAUAAACUCUACAUCUACGGAUCCCGAAGAAUAUUCAGUAAGAAGUUUAAAUCCAGAUAACUUCAUAAGGAAUUCAACUUCACUUGAUGCUUAUAAAGUAUUCUCUGCCGCAUCAAGUCCAGCAUUCUUAGAAAGAUCAAUCGAAAACCCAUUGGAGAACAAUUUAGAAGAAUCUACAGAAGGAAAUACUGAUUUAAGGAGAAGGAGAAGGAAGUCUUCAGUUAAUAAUGUCAUUGAAGAGUAUAGUGAAGUCACAAGAAUUAAAACAGGUGAAUUAGAUUUAUCAAAGCCUUUAACACUAUUAGAAGAUAUAGGGACUCAUAACGUAACUAUAACAAAAACCUCAGAGGGUAAUACUUCAGUUAGUGAUGGGAUGGAAGAAAACUAUACCAAUGAUUCAAAUAGUGAAAAUGCUCCUCAUUCUAUUAGAGCGAAGUUUAAUAAAUUCAUGACAGACCAUAAGCUAGAAUGGUUGGUUUAUAUAGGUAUCAAUUUCUUCCGUCCUGCCUCGUUAGGUGCACUUUUAGGUAUCAUAUGUGCUCUAAUUCCUUGGGUGAAGGCAUUAUUUGUUCCUACAUACGUGCAUGUUCAUAUGGCGCCAGAUGGCGAACCAGUUUUAAACUUUUUGAUGGAUUUUACAGCAUAUAUUGGUAAUGCCUGUAUUCCAUUGGGUUUAUUGAUGCUGGGUGGCACCUUGGCCAGACUGGAAAUCAAUACAUUACCAGAAGGAUUUUUAAAAACUGCUGUCGCAAUGACUGUAUUUCGUUUAAUGGUAUUGCCGAUAAUUGGUGUCGCAUGGGCGAAUAAGUUAAUGGAUAUAAAUUGGAUGGCAACUGCUAUUGGUAAAUUUGUAAUGAUUUUAACAUGGUCAAUGCCUAGUGCCACAGCUCAAGUUUAUUUUACAGCAUUUUAUACUCCUCUUGAAGGAGACCAUACCCAAAUGGAUUGCUUAUCAGUUUUCUUUUUAAUGCAAUACACCGUUUUAUUCAUAACACUGUCAUUUGUAGUGACAUAUACUCUAAAGGUAGAUUUAAAGGUUUAA